AUAGCCACAGGUUGUCCCCACAUUUUUUGCACAUCCCUACCAAAACAUUGGCGGGCGAAUAAAUCUCUGCCUAACAUGUUUAGACUCUACGACACUUCCGGAUUGAUUAGGGACGGUACGAGAGUGAAGUUAUUCGCCGGGAACGAGGAUAACUCCAUUGCGAAUCUCCGGAACAACGAAUCAACCAUCGUAGCCAACAGCGUUGUCUUCAAUGAUCUAAGAUUCAUUGGAAGGAGCGGAAGAGGAAAGUUUUUCUUAAUCACCAUCGUCAUAAUGAGUGAGCCAAUGAUUGUGGCAACCUACUCACACGCCAUCAAAGUUACAGUCGAUGGACCAAGAGAGCCGAGAUGCAAAAGU